AUAAAUCUGAAACAUUGGCAUCCCUUCAUUCAACGGCGUUAAACAUAUAGUUCCACUACUGUCCAAUAAGGAGUCCGUGUGGGAAGAUUUUGAUUUUUCUCAGUGAUAUUAGUGAUAUUAGAUGAACGAGCGUGAUUGCGAGAUAAAUACAAUGCAUGGUUAUCAAGUUGAUGUAUAUGAAGAGAGCGAAGAUUUCUAUGAUAUAUCAUACGAUGCUGAUGAUCCAAUUUUACGAUAUUAUGAUUGGAGAAAUGUGUAUGGUAGUUGCGUUCUGCCAUGUUUACACCAGAUAUCUCAUUAUGUUAUGCAGUUCAUAAUCGCUAAUAUGAUAUUUUGCCUGGGUUCAAAGAUUCGAGUGAAAUUGUUGAAAAGAAUGCAAACGUUUGGCACCACAUUAGAGGUAUUUUGAUGAUUGCUGUUAUGAAAAUCAUAUCUCUAGCGAUAGAUAUAAGAGUCAAACGCCACAUCAAGGAACAAUUCAGUAUUCUUGGAUUCUUGGGAUAUGUUUGUUGUCCAGCGAAUUGUAUCUUUGGGCCAUGGUCUUCCUUCGGUGAAUAUCUUCCAGAGCCUUGUCCACGCUAAUAAUACAUUUAAACUGAACACAGUAUAUUUUGGACAAGUAGCUAUUAAUACGACAUGCUCAAUACUAAGUUUGUUGUUGGCCAAUUGCGCUUUUGCCUUCCUCAUAACGGAUAACUCAUGGAAAUGGAUAGCUGCGUACUCUGCUGCCUUUUCUUUCAGAAUGAGCCAUUACUUCGUGUCGUACCUGUCACAAGCUACCAUGGUUUCAGCUGGUUAUAUUUCAAAUGAAAAUUCAAAUCAAAAAUCGAAUGCAGCCAAACAUGUUCGUUUUUUCGGUUACAUAGUUAUAUUACCAUGGGACGUUGAAUUCCCUAGAUCACUAGUGCAUGUUGUGGUGGCAUGGAAUGUGCCUAUGCACUGUUUUCUAAAACAAUAUGUUUUCCGCAUACUCAAACCUUACGGCACAUUCUUGGCUGUGUUUCUUACCUACGUGAUUUCUUCGGUGCUACAUGGAUUAAAUUUUCAACUUUGGGCAACAUUGCUGACCAUAGGAGCAUGGAGUUAUGUGGAAUAUAAUUUACGGAGGAAAUUGGCUCAAAUAUUUUCAGCAUGUGUAACGGCGAACAAAUGCACGGUUCCUUGUAAAAGGCACAAAGAGAGCAAAACCGCCAUGUUUUCCGCAUACUCAAACCUUACGGCACAUUCUUGGCUGUGUUUCUUACCUACGUGAUUUCUUCGGUGCUACAUGGAUUAAAUUUUCAACUUUGGGCAACAUUGCUGACCAUAGGAGCAUGGAGUUAUGUGGAAUAUAAUUUACGGAGGAAAUUGGCUCAAAUAUUUUCAGCAUGUGUAACGGCGAACAAAUGCACGGUUCCUUGUAAAAGGCACAAAGAGAGCAAAACCGCCGUACUGUCAAUGGCAAUUAACUGCACAUUCUUUUUUCUUUGCUUUAUCAAUUUAGCAUAUUUAGGCACAGUAUUUGAUGCAUCUACCCAAGUUCAAACGGAAGGUUUUUCAUUAAAACAUGCUUUAGAGAGGUGGCAGAACCUCGAUUACGUUUCGCAUUGGCUCUUACUUUUAGGCUCACUUUUUAACGUAUUUAUAUAAUUCAGUGUAAUCAGUACUAACCAUGAUUACCUAUAGAAUUGGCUUAUCAUUACUAAUUAUCAUUUAAAAUACACAUUUGUUGUUUUAAAUAAAUACUUCUUUCUAUAUCAUUUCUAAAAA